AGAGGAUUAAUCGCCAGAUACUUACCAAAAAAUCAACCAGACGCGAAUUGCUAAAAGAAAAAAUUGAAAUCGCAAAGGAUUCUGUAAUUUUUAAUGGCUAUAACCGAAUAAAUGAACAUUAUGAUGAUUUUCAUAACGCAAGUUCAUUAUUGGUCAAGCGAAAUUUGAUAACUGAUGAUGACUCUCUUGAAUCCAAUCGUAAAAAGACAAAGAAAAAUUUCCAGGAUUCUGACCAAUACGACUUUGAUCAUGGAAAAGUAGAUGUAGAUGGUUUAAAUAGGUUGUACUCUAGUUGUACUCCAGGUUGUACUCCAGGUUGCAUUCCAGGUUGCACUCCAGGUUGCACUCCAGGUUGUACUCUGGGUUGUACUCCAGAACAGCUUUAUGAUCUUGAUGAGUACAAUAUUAUAUAA